CGCUGGGGCGGCGCGGGAGGCGGGCGGGCAGCGGCGAGGGUGAAGACACCCUUCACAGCACCUUCCGGACAUGCCUGUCCUUGUAACGUAAACACUUMAAUGGGAGCCUUCCUUUUUAAAGAAAGCCUCAUGGUGUACCAUCUGUUUGCCUCACUCAAGGGAAGGAUGAAAGCUCUACAUAGGAACGUGAUGUGAUGGAUGAGACCUGUCACUAUGCAAGUAUUACGUCACUCUGAACAGACACUGAAAAGAGCUCUCAUCUCUAAGAACCCAGCGCUUGUGUCACAGUAUGAGAAAUUAGAUGCUAGGGAACAGCAAUUAAUGAAGGAAGCCUUCCAGCCAACCAGUGAUCUUUAUGGACCUAUUAUUUUGCAAUCACAAUCAGACUGGAUAAUCUCACAUCCUGAGGCUCCUCAAGACUUUGAGCAGUUUUUCAGUAAUCCCUACAGAAAGAUACCCUCUCCAGAGAAGCACAGUAUUUAUUUACUGGCCAUUGGUAUAUAUUGGAAAUAUGAUGGUUUUAGUUUGGUUUUGCUGUGGCUCUGUUGUCAGGGAUGGUUUGGGCCAUUGGUCUAUUCAAGUGGGCAAAUUUUUAUGGCUUUAGCGGAUAUUCUAGAAAGCUCUGCUUUGGUCUUUCCUUCAGGAAUCUUGCCCUCAUUCUGUGGUUGCUUUUUUCUUUCUGCAGGAGUGGGGAUAUUCAGCUUUGCUAGAUAUGGCAGCAAUUUCUAUAGCUCACAUUAUAAAGGCACAGUGAAGAAGCUCCAUAAAAAAUCUUCCAAUGACUAUGCCAUUUUUGAUAACUACUUUAUUCCUGAAAUCACUAGUGUUUUGCUGCUGCGAUCCUGUAAGACUUUAUCCCAUGAGAUUGGACACAUAUUUGGACUGCGACACUGCCAGUGGCUCACAUGCCUGAUGCAGGGCUCCAACCACUUGGAGGAAGCUGACCGUCGUCCUCUAAACCUGUGUCCUAUCUGUCUACGCAAGUUGCAGUGUGCCAUUGGCUUCAAUAUUGCAGAAAGAUACAAAGCACUGGUGAGGUGGAUUGAUGAUGUUAACACACCCAGAGCAACUCCGAAACCUAGUUGUGAAGAUAAUGUGCAUUUACCGAAACCUGUAGAGGCCUUUCAGGAUUGGAAAGAGUGGAUAAUGAAAUGCCUUGCUGUUCUCCAAAAAUGAGUACCUUCAGAUAGGAGUAAAUAAAGUAAAUAUUUGCACAUUAUGCUCUCAUUUGGGUUGAAAGCUUCAUUGGAAUGAACUGUGUACUGACUGUGCUGGGUUAGAGUACUGGAAUAGAACCUUCUUGAAGCACCUGAACUGAACUGAGGCUCA